AGCGGAGCGGGCUCCCCUCCCCCGAGAGAGGUCGGGAAAUAACUCGCCGGCGAGAGGCCGGGCAAAGCGGCCGCCGCUGGCAGCGGGGCUGACCCGGGGUGCGGGUCUGCAGGAACCGGUGUGUCUUGGAUCGCAGGGAAGGUGGCGGGUCCCAAAACAGGGAGGUUGCUGCCCCUGUCCCUGCUAUUUGCGAGUCCUGGGACGGGGAUCGAGGCCCCCUGAAAUUGGGCUGGGGGAAGAGCCAUCAGACCCAGUCCACAACUGAACACCGGGGGCAGCCUAUGAAACGACAGGGACGGCGGUGAGAUCAAAGGAAAAUCAGGGAUCCGGAGGGGACACCCAGCAGAGAACCCCUGACAGCAUCAGCUGCUUCUCCCAGGGAAUGAGAUGUUAAUUCUGCAGUAUUGAUGUUUUACAAUGCCUGAUCAAGACAAAAAGGUGAAGAGCACAGAAAAAGGAACCGAUAAAAAACCUCAAGGGAUCACUGCAAGGGAUUACUCUGAUCUUAAAAGACUUCAGUCUCUUUUAAAUGUCCAGUCAAGCAAACAGCAGCUGCCAGCCAUUAAUUUUGAAACUGCUCAAAAUACUAUGACCAAGUCAGAACAAUACACCAACAAGACUGAUGGACAAAGAAGCCGAGGUCAAUGGCAAGAAUCAACUGAAGCUGUUGAGCUUGAAAACUUUAGUAUGAACUACAGGAAUGAGAGACAUUUUAGCAAGCACGCUCAACACAAACAGUUUCAAGAGAUCUUUACAGCUUUGGUUAAGAACAGACUUAUCUGCAGGGAGUGGGUUAAUCGAGCCCCAUCCAUCCAUUUCCUGAGAGUACUAAUCUGUCUGAGAUUAUUAAUGAGGGAUCCAUGCUAUCAGGAAGUGCUCCAUAACCUGGGUGGGAUUGAAAACCUAGCCCAGUAUAUGGAAACAGUAGCAAAUGGAUAUCUUGGAUAUGGAGAAGAGCAGCAUAAUGUAGACAAAUUGGUCAACAUGACUUAUAUUUUUCAAAAACUCUCUGCUGUUAAAGAUCAAAGAGAAUGGGUUAUAGGCAGUGGAGCACAUAAAACUUUAGUAAAUUUGCUAGGAGCCAGAGACAGUAAUGUGCUGUUGGGCGCACUCCUUGCUCUUACUAGCUUAGCAGAAAGCCCAGAAUGUAGGGAGAAGAUCAGUGAGCUCGCCAUUGUAGAACACUUGCUGGUGAUAUUACAUGAAUAUGACUUGCUAUCUAAAAGGCUGACCGCAGAGCUGCUACGCCUCCUCUGUGCUGAGUCACAAGUCAAAGAGCAAGUGAAACUGUAUGAAGGAGUUCCUGUCCUGCUCAGUUUGCUCCAUUCAGAUCAUCUCAAGCUUUUGUGGAGUGUAGUUUGGAUUCUGGUACAGGUUUGUGAAGACCCUGAGACUAGUGUGGAAAUCCGUAUUUGGGGCGGUAUCAAGCAACUCCUUCAUAUAUUACAGGGAGAUAGAAAUCUAGUUUCUGAUCAUUCUUCUAUUGGGAGUUUAUCUAGUGCAAAUGCAGCAGGGAGAAUCCAACACCUUUGUUUGUCAGAAGAUUUAAGUCCUCAAGAAAUACAAGAAAAUACUUUCUCCCUUCAAGCAGCGUGUUGUGCUGCAAUUACAGAACUAGUGCUCAAUGACACUAAUGCUCACCAAGUAGUACAGGUAGGAAGACUUUAUUCAGUUAAGGAAAAUGGGGUAUAUACAAUAGCAAAACUGAUUUUACCAAACAAACAAAGGAAUGCAGUAAAAGCUCAUUUAUUACAGUGUUAUGCUUUCAGAGCCUUGCGGUUUCUCUUCAGUAUGGAAAGAAAUAGACAUCUCUUUAAAAGACUCUUCCCGACUGAUUUGUUUGAGAACUUCAUUGAUAUUGGACAUUAUGUUCGUAAUAUCAGUGCUUAUGAAGAGCUGGUAUCAAAGCUAAAUUCAUUACUGGAGGAGGAACUCAAGCAAAUUGCUGAAAGUAUUGAAAGCAUUAAUCAAAAUAAAGCACCAUCAAAAUACAUAGGCAAUUAUGCGAUUUUAGAUCAUCUUGGCAGUGGAGCUUUUGGAAGUGUUUAUAAGGUUAGAAAACAUAGUGUCCAAAAUCUACUAGCAAUGAAAGAAGUCAAUUUACAUAAUCCAGCAUUUGGAAAGGACAAAAAAGACAGAGACAGCAGUGUAAAGAACAUUGUCUCUGAAUUAACAAUCAUUAAAGAACAGCUUUCUCAUCCCAAUGUUGUACGGUAUUACAGAACCUUCCUGGAAAAUGACAGGCUGUACAUAGUAAUGGAGCUCAUAGAAGGGGCACCGCUGGGAGAACACUUUCAUUCUUUGAAGGAAAAGCAACAACAGUUUACAGAAGAUAGAAUAUGGAAUAUAUUUAUACAACUGUGUCUAGCUCUUCGUUACUUGCAUAAGGAGAAGAGGAUUGUCCAUAGAGAUCUCACUCCAAACAAUAUCAUGCUGGGGGAUAAAGACAAAGUAACAGUUACUGACUUUGGUCUUGCAAAGCAGAAGCAAGAAAACAGCAAACUCACAUCAGUUGUGGGAACUAUUCUCUACUCCUGUCCUGAAGUUGUAAAGAGUGAACCAUAUGGCGAGAAGGCUGAUGUCUGGGCUGCGGGGUGCAUCCUUUAUCAGAUGGCAACUCUGAAGCCACCUUUUUACAGCACCAACAUGCUCUCCUUGGCAACUAAAAUAGUAGAGGCUAUGUAUGAACCAGUGCCAGAAGGAGUCUACUCUGAAAAAUUGUCAGUUACUAUUAAAAGGUGCUUGACUCCUGAUGCAGAGACUCGUCCAGACAUAGUAGGAGUCAGUUCAAUGAUAUCUGAUGUGAUGAUGAAGUAUUUAGAUGGCUUGUCCACCUCCCAGUUUGCUUUGGAGAAGAAGCUAGAGCGCGAGAGGAGACGUACCCAGAGAUAUUUCAUGGAGGCUAAUAGGAAUGCAGUGACAUGUCACCAGCAGCUUGCCAUCUUAUCUCACGAGCAUUCUGAGAAGUCGAGCCUCAGCAGCAGCAGCAACGGAGCAGCCAGUUUCAAAAGUGAAUUUUCAGAAAGCACUGAUAUUCCAACCGAAAACUUUCAUCCAACAUGUGGAAAAGAUGAAGACAGAACAUGUGAUGAAAUCCUAUCAGAUGACAACUACACUUUAGAAAACUCUGAGAAAGAUGUCUUCUCUGAAUUAGAUGAUGAGCUGGACAUAUCAGAUAAUUCCAGCAGCUCCAGUUCAAGUCCUUUGAAAGAGUCUGCAUUUGGUAUAAUUAAACGAAGUUUCAGUGCUUCUGAAAGACAACCUCAGACAAGACCGGGAGAGAAGAGAGCUGACAGAGACAUCGCCCGGGGAAGCUACAAAUCAUCGUGGAGGGGGCCAGAUCAUAUUGGAUGCCUAGGAUCAAGACCAAGGCCAGCUUUGCUGCCUCUUGAUCUGCUUCUGAAAGUACCUACGCUCAUGUUCAGGGCCAACGUUAAGAAAAUAGAGGCAUCGUUAGUGACAGGGUGGCAGUCUUAUGGCCUUCCAGCUGUGGUUCUUCGCAACCUAAAAGAUCAUGGUAGUACUCAACAGUAACAUUUUGAAGUCAAACAAAUGAUAGGAGAGCUCAAAAUUCUGUAUGAGACAGAAACACAGUAUGUGAGUGAUCCUUAAGGAAACACUUUAAAAAUAUGAAUUCCAAGAAAAUUCUUCAGGGCUCUAUUUUGGCAUGCCUUUACCAGCGCAAAUUUCCAUUUCAUGCAGUGACAAUUUCUCCUGAGUAGGUCGUGCUGCAUACAGUCUUUUAAGUUACAGUAUGUUUGCACAUAUAUCAUCGUUGGUGAAGCAGUCUUGUAGUUUCAGAUGCUUUUUAUUCUCAUUGAUAUGAUUUAAAUACUCUGUGCUUCAGUGCUGAUACUUCAUAAUGUACAUUGUCACCUAAAUUCAGUUUUAUUUGAAAGAGAAUUAUUUUGAGCAAUUGGAAUACUGCUCUUCAUAGAAACUCUUUCAUGUACAUAUAGUAACUGUUGUUUCAUAGCUUUUUGGUUAUUAUGUCUGUUUUGGGAAUUUUAAUUAUGCAAUACAAAACACAAACUAUUGCCCAAUUAUAACAGUUACUAUUGUUUUCCUGAAAGUGUUGUAAUUAGAGAUAUACAAACUCUGUGAAUGCACCCUGUAUCCAGCCAGAAUGUCUCAAAAUCAUAAUGGUCUGUGAGGCAACACAACUGCCCUCAGGGUAAAUUAAAGAGAACACUGAUAUCUCCCAUUAGGUUUUAGGGCAUAGGUCUAAAGUAGACUCUAAAGCAUGUCUUAGAAAUACCUGCAUUGCAGAGAUAUAUGUCUGCUCCCUGGAUUUCAAUAUAUGUAUUUAUGCUCUUGAGUUGGUUUCCAGAUCAGAUGCCCAAUCUGGGAGAGCAGUUGUAUAAUCUUAUUUAAUAAGUUUUCCUCAGAAUUUUGCUGCUAUUAUCUAAUCUCCUGAGAGUAUGGAUCCAUACUGACAAUCUGCUGAUGACUAAGCUCUUUAUUUAAGAUCCAGAAGUGAUAAUGUGUAUGACUUGUAAAUGUGCAACAUUAGAAAGUCAGAAGUUGAAAUUGAUUUGUCAUGUAGGAAUUAUAGAACAUUAAAUCUGAUGUAUAUUAAACCCCCUUUAUACUAUUCUGGCAGGCAGAACAGUGUAGAGAGGCCUAUGUGAAAAUAAGAAUCGUGCCAGUGUUAAAUCAAUUGUAUCUUCUGACUUUCUGUGAAUCAAUUUUUGUUUGCAGAAGACAUAAUAUAUAGUUGUGUGCUUUAGUCUUUUAAAAUGGUCUAAAGCUUGGUCAGCAAUAUUUCUUCUACUGAUCCUUAAAGUUUGAAUUAAUAUUUUUCCAUGGAGCACAAAUAAAUUAUUAUGCCACUACGGUUCAAAAGGAGAUGUAUAGUACUCUUUAAUUAAUGAAAGACAGUUAACUUUUCAUUGUGGAGUCCAGAAAUCAGGGGUUUAGUAUACUCUGCUUAGUUCAUAGCUCAGCAAUACUAGUUCAUUUAAGAAGGCUUGUAAAUGUAUUUCCUCUCAAGCUGCCUGUGGCUAAUCUGUAUUUGAUAUCUCAUUGAGGAAGGGAGGGAACAAAUCACAUAAGAGUUUGAGAUUACUUGCUGACAAGCAAAUGAAUGUUUUUGCUUCAAAACAAGUGAACAGCCUUUUAACUGUUAUUCUUGAGGGAAAAAUAUUAAGAACAUUUAGUUACUUACAUAUGGGCACCAAGAGAAAAAAAUGUAUCACUGCACCAGGCAAUUUUGGCUACUACAUCAAAUUCCUAUGACAUACAUAUAUAAUAUAUUACAGCCUAUAGACUAUCACAAGAAUAAUGUUAGAGUUGUCUAUGUUGUAAUGACUUUUUUUGAGCAGAAGGCAUAACACUGUUCACCCUUUGGCUAUCAUGUCUGUUUUAGGAUAUCUCUAGGCUUUUUUGCAUUACUAUUAUUAUUUUUUCUAAGUUGGUUAAGUUAUUCUUACUCUAUCAUCCUGCUUGCCUUCUGUCAAAUUCCAGUUCUUCCUCAGUCUUAUCUCAGGGUGAAUGUUACUUCCUGAUUUCCAAGAGUGUGGUUCUUUCUCUCCAUUGAUCUUUUCCACAGUUCCAAACUCUCCCCCUCCCAGCUUGUCUUCAGAUUCUUACCAAGCAGUGUCUUGAAAUGCCCUCGUCAUCUUUGGGUACAUGUAUAGAGGGGCAAAACUUACCAUACAUACCAAUCCAUAAGUGAUUUAAUGAGUAUUCAUGACACAGCUCAAAAAUCCAAGACAGUAGCUUUGGGAGGAGAUACAUUCAUAAGCUCCAAUUUCCUGUUAGUACCUCUUUAUGCUGAAAGCAAUAUACUUUAGUAUAAUCUAUACACAUCCUCUUAUCGGAUGGUUUCACAAAGCUGUAAAUGAAAAAAUGUACAAUACAGUUGUAAUAUAAAUAAAUGUACCGUAGAACCUCAGAGUUACAAACUGACUGGUCAACCACACACCUCAUUUGGAACCAGAAGUACGCAAUCAGGCAGCAGCAGAGACAAAAAUAAAUAAGCAAAUACACUACAGUAUUUUGUCAAAUGUAAAGUACUAAAAAACAAAGGUAAAGUUUAAAAAAAAGAUUUGAUAAGGUAAGGAAACUGUUUGUGUGUGUGUUCAUUUAAAUUAAGAUGGUUAAAGCAGCAUUUUUCUUCUGCAUAGUAAGGUGCCAAAGCUGUAUUAAGUCAAUGUUCAGUUGUAAACUUUUGAAAGAACAACCAUAACGUUUUGUUCAGAGUUACAAGCAUUUCAGAGUUAUGAACAACCUCCAUUCCCGAGGUGUUCAUAACUCUGAGGUUCCACUGUAUUUUGCCUAGGCAAAAAUAUAGCACUAUGAAUGCAUAACUUCCUCUAGCUGUAUUUCAUGAAUGAUUCGACACUACAGAUUGACUAGAAUAACAGAUAGUGAUGAUCUAGCUUAAAAGGAAAGCAUGCAAAUCUAGUUAAUGUGUUCAUGCAAUAAAAUUGGAAAAUUCA